AUGUUUGUUUGUCCGUGCUUGCUUUGGUCUUUUGGUCUCCCUUAUUUCAGCGGCGGUGGCGGCGGCGGCGGGUUCGACGCAGGAGGCGGCCCCUCUGGCGGCGUGGACCAAGCAGCUGUUGUGACCCGCUUGCUGCAGACACCGGUGUACUCGGCGAGCGAGGGCAGGCCGGAUGGCGGUGGCCGUGAGGACUCUCUCGUGGCGUCCAGGACCGGCGAGGCGUUGAGGCUGUUCCUCUUCAACAUGAUGGUGACAAUUUUCAAGGGUUACCACAUCUUCAUUCGCCCCCCGGAUAGCGGCAGCGGCGAAGAGGACUACGGCGACGACGCCGCGACCACCGUCGCGGGAGGAAGCGCUGCCGCCGUGGAGCGAAGCGGCGGGGGCGGCGGGGGUGGCGGGCGCGCGGGGCACGGGCAAGAGAGCGACGUGGAAUUCGACGUGCUCGGGUUCUUGUCGUUCGCGCAGGCCGACCUCCGCCCGUUCUUGAGAGUCCUGCUGAGGACGAAGGCGUUCGCGGCGUUCUUGGCGGAUGCAAGGCUGGACCCCAUCCGCGGCCACGCUACAAGCCUCCCAAAUCGCCGCCACGGCGGAAGGCGCUUUCUCGAGGUUGAGCAGAAAUAUCUGGGUGGGUGAGCAGCGGAAGGAGUCUGCGCGUGCCAGACGUACGAGGGAUGAACCGAGCUUGCAGCAGGGACAAAGCAACAGUCGGCAAGCCCCGUCACGAAGCAGAGAGCACAGGGCAGCAGCAGCAGCUCCCACCACAGGGACAGACAACACCCAAGGGCGAAGGUCGAGCGACAGCGGCGGCAUGAGCGCUCUCGGCGGAGAAGAGAAGGGUCCCGGCAGCCGGCACGCCAGCGGGACAUCGGUGGCGGGAGGGGACGGUUUCCGGCUGAACCUAGAGCGCGCGAUCACGACGCGCAUGCAGGAACAGUUGCAGGUCCAAAGCGCCGUCGGCACGGAACGCAUGGGCGCGUUCUUGCUGACGUACUACACGCACAGCCAACACGUGGCCCCGCAGUCUUCUGCUGCGGUGGACAUGGGAUACGGCUUCGGACAAGGCUCGCUUGGUGGAGCCUUGUCGCCGACCGGAGG